AUGGCCGAUUGUGACAAUUUUGCUCUUCUCCAAAUGAGCCCUCCGAAUUCAAGGAGUCUUCAAAUGCUACAGGGGCGUCGCUUCUUUGAUACGGUGCUUUCUCAUAGUGGCCAUCAGGUGCAGGCUAAUGCCUAUUAUCAUGUUCGUCUGCCGGUGGAUGCCUUCUACUAUCUGACAAUCUACGCAGCUUCCGCCAGUUUUAAGACUUCCCUUUUAUCUUCAUCUUCCUCCUCCUUCGAUGCCUCUUCAUUACAGAACAGGGAAAAGCGACAUCAUAACGGAUUGUCUGCUAGUGGCGAUGCCGGUAACUGCCCUAAUCUGGGGGCUGGGGGAUUAUCGGAGAUCGGUGCUUUCGAGAGUGAACGCGACGGCCAGUCUGGAUCUGGAGCAGAAGCGGAUCAUCUGGAAUGUGUGUAUCGACUAUUAAUUGACGCGCGUCGCGGUCAGUCUAAUGCGGUAGCAUAUCCUCGUCAGACUUACUGGUGGGUCGGCUGCCGGCUCUUAGAGCCAACUCAACAGGCCCUUUCCAUAUCUGGACCUCUCAGACCACGUCUAGUGGGCAAGCUAACGAAACGACAGACUAAGGUUUGUUUCAGUUUGUUGUAA